AUGAGUGCGGAAACUAUUCUGCAACAAAUCGGCUCUGCAUGUCGUGACGGGUGUCUUAGUGCGACAGCUAUUGCAGACAUUAAGGCGUACUUAACUUCGUCGUUUAAGCAGAGUAGCGGCAGCCAAGCACCAUCGGCGAGUGCCACGAAUACGGCUACGACGGCUCCGGGGCUGAUUGGAACUGCUGCAACGAGCAGUUUUGGAGGUUUUUCUGCUACCACGCAGGAGCAAAAACAGCAACAGCAACAACCGUUAGCGCUAUUAGGUUCUGUGGGUGAUGCUCCUGUGGGACAGGUUGGCUCUUUUGAAAUUGUUAACGAACAUGUGGGAAGGGCUCGUGUCUUGCUCAGCCUCCUCGUACUUUGCGGAGAGCCUGAGAGGUUGGCCGGCGUCAACGAGACAUUGGCCGCUGUUGCCUCAAUCGCAGCUAGCAACAUCGUUCAAUUUAUUAGGGCAGAAGUUUCCUCGUCCUCUCUUCUCAUGUCAGGCCACAGCUCAGUUUCACCUGUUUUUUCCGCGCAUGGAAAAUCAAAUCCUAUUUUGCUCACCUCCCAGUGUUUACUGCUGCUCACACGCCAUUUUCAGCUGCAGGAAUCAUUCAUUAAGGAACUGUGCGGACUUUUGGAGUUCCUCAUGGAGGAGGUGCGUCGGCACACACACACGGCGGUGACAAACAUAGACUCUUUUCGCCAGCAUCCUUCAACGGCGGGUAUCUCUGCUGUGACAUGGCUUUUAACGGUAUCCCUUGUGAAUAGUAUGGCGGUGUGGAAACAGCUUCGUGACAACACUGGGCAAUCCAAGGAAAACACUUUGCUUGCCACCAACAUUGCCAUUGAAGUAGAGGAUUGGGUCAGGAAGCUACGUUCCAAGUUUGAGCAUCCGCAGACAUCGGGAUCAUUGUCAUUUUCCGUCGCUGGGCACCGUAAAGGAGGGCAAUCAAAGCCGUCCGCCCCACUUGACGCAGGGGUAAAGGCUGGUGGUGGGCAGUACUUCCGCUGGGUAUCCAUCGUGGAAGGGUAUCUCAGCAUAAUUUUGCUGGGGGUGGGGGUAUUCCUCUGUGGGAAGGGUGAUGAGCGUGGUCUAGAUAAGGCGGUGGAGGCGUUUCUGGGUGAUCGCUGUCAAUCCCCACAUUCAGCGAACCGUGGCAAAGUCAUGAAAUACUUUGUUCGUUUAACUCCGUUGCCGAAUUUGCUGGUGAUUCCAGCUGAAAAUAUCUAUAUCAUUCCUUACGAUGUUAUUGCUUACAUGUUUGAUGAAAUGCUUUUCGCAAUAAAACAUGUGGCCGAUAAUGAUGUACGCUCUUGUGUUAGAUACUUGGAGUCCUUGCAGGCUGGCGCCGAUGCACUUCAGGGCGACGAGGCUGGCUUUACUAACACGCCCUUUUCAACUGCGGCAGGUGGUGGUGGUGGGUUACAGCAGUACGGUGUAGAGAGGAUGGCACAGGAUCAACGAGAGCCGUUCUUUUCGGAGAUGGCGCACAUCCUCCAGGCCCUCACGGUGUGUCUGGAAAACCUUCCCUCCGAUGUGUUGAACCCUGACAUGGAUGCUGACUGUGCAGUGACGUUUUUUAUAUUUAAAAACUGUGUUACGCACCUGCGUUCUGUUUUUCAGACACAACGACCAAAUGUGAUGUGGGAGUCGUAUACUCUGAAGAUUGUGACGAAGUUUAUUGAUGUAUUGGCGAUGAUUGGGAGGAAUCCACAGUACACAGAGCGUGUUGUGGCCCUGUUUGGUGAAAUGCAGGUGGAAUGCACGGAGCUGCAGUGGUCCUCGCUUGUCGGGCAGGCACAAGAAUGUGCUGGCGUGAGUGGAGGAGUGUCAUCGUUACUGUGGCUAGAUGUGAAUGGUUCCAUGUCGGCACUAAAAAAACCCACAGGGGCUACUGCCUCACAUCAUCGUCAGUUCACACAGGAGUACCUCCUGGAAAAGCAACAGAAAUUUAUUGCCAGCAUGUUUAUAUUGUUGCGCCAAAUGGCAACGCACCCACUGCUUCAGGAGCAAGUGCGCUAUGUUAUCACGCUUGAUACGGCUCUUAAUUUUCUCUAUGCCCCACGACUGUCGCAGCCCGUGCUUGGGAAGGUGCUUUCUAUCAUUGGCUCAUUAAUUACAAACCAUGAGGAGGCCUCAUGUGUGUGGACGCUGUUGGAGGAAAAUCAUCUGCUUCACUCUCUUACAGAGGGUGAUGGUGGUGGUGGUGGUGGCGGUGCUGCAGUUGGCCGAUGGAGGCAGAACAAUACAGGCGAUGUGAAACGCCGAGUAAAUGGUGGCGCGGAUGACAAUACAGCUGUCACCGUGGAGGCACGAUCGCUACUUGGUCACUGCCAGUACGAAUGCCAUCAUGGAACUUACAGUAUAACCAUUGGGUUUCUCGAUCUGAUGAUUGCUUUUUUCAAGUAUCACGCACCUGGGAUGGAACACCUACCCAUGUAUACGCUGGUUAUACGUUUUAUUGCCGAGGAAAUAUUUCGAGGCGUUCUUCGUCGCUUUUUUGUGUCUGUGGAGGAGCGAUACACUGUGGCUGCACUAGCUGCUGCAGCACUGAAUCGUGCCCUGACACUGCGUCUUGUUUUUACUGGGGACAAGAACAUGGUUCCCUUUACAGUGGUCAUGGCCUGCUCAAAAGCACCUGCGGAUGUAUUGGGUGAAGCGUUGCAAAUUAUUUCUGAGGCCGCCACAGCACCCAAUGAAUUGCUCAGUUAUCAACGUGCAGCGGUGCGUCAGUGUCUUGCCUUGUUAAAAACCGCCAUCACAGUAAAAGAGGAACAAGGUAUAGACACCCUAUUUACCUUCGAUGCCAGAACCGCAAGUAACACCGAGCUUGCCGCCCAAUUACUUCCACUGAGUGCCUGUGCGGACAGUCUUCUUGUCAGGAAGGCGCUUCAACUUCUUUUGUUGAUUCCGCAACCUACGGUGAGCCAGGCAACACGUCAUUGGUUUAGUCGGCCAGACGCCCUGGAGGUCGUUAUCACACCAUUUGUAACCGCGCUACGUCUGGAUGCUGUCAGCAGCCCUAUCAUUCACGUCCCACCUGCACUUGCCGUGCUGGAUCACGAUGAGGUGCAGCUUCUGCUCCCCCAUGCGGAAGUGGAGACCAAGUCGCUCAUUUUAGAUCUUCUUAUUCAGAAUGCACUGGCUCCUCAGACCUCCAUCACCUCUUGGCUCUGUGGUUAUCCACUGUACGGUUCCACCGAGGAGUUGUUGGCCGGCUACUGUCUCGAACCCAUCAUAGUGGGAGCGAAUAGUCGCGAGGUUGAAGAGAGGCAUCCACAUAUUGCAAUUAAAUAUGUGAAGUUGGUGUAUCUUCUUCGUGCCAAUCCCUCUCUCAGCACUCCCAGUCUUCAACGCCUGAUGAAACAGCGUGGACAUGACGAGAUGUUUUAUGUUUUACAAACCCUGCGUCCGGAUCAAUGUUCCCCGCUCAUAUUGAACAAAUACGCCUUUGUCAUGAAACUGUUGGCGCUUGAUGUCUUCAGUAUUGGAACAAAGACACCUGAAGAAUUACAGGUGUCUGUGCAUUCGACACCCAAUUCCAGUUUGGUGGAACUUCUCUUCUUGCUGUUGCAUGUCUCACCACAGUUGAUGCCAUUGAAGUUGAAUGGAUUUGCUUCACCCAGUGUCAUUGAUACCCAUGAAAGAGGCAUUGCGGUGGACUUCGCACAGUGGCCAUCCUUCUGUUUAAAGUCUCUUCCAUUGUUCCCAACGAACUGUGUGGCUCCUGGUGGGGCAGAAGGUUACAUCUUCCGCGCCAAUGAUGACACCCCGCAGUACUCGAUUCCACUGAUUUAUGAGGCGUUUCAGAGGGAGAGUCAGAUGAAUAGCAAACGAGCUCUCUCUGCGAAGGAAAUUCGGGAGCGACUUAGCGUCUUUGUCCGAGCCAACGAAUGUCUCGCUGCGUUUGCAGGCGGUGUACAAUUCAUCGAGGUUGGUGCACUCUGGCGAAUGUUUCAGUCACCGUACUGGACAAUAUUCAACAAGAACGUAUUGUGUACUUGGCGCACUGCAUGUUGGAGAGUGUUCAACUGA